AUCCAACGCACAAAACAAACACUACUCAAUAGAGAGAGAAGAGAGAGAGACUGUAUUAAAGGAUGUUAAGAGAAAAAGGUGCACAGAGAAAAGUUCUUGAAAUGUGAGAUAUUGUAUACUCUACUCUACUCUUCUAGGAUAAAAGGGAAAGUUGAAAAAACAUGCUGCUAUAAAGUAGCUUAAAGUUCUACAAUGUUCCUUUUUAGUGUGGGAUUAAACCCUUUUGAGAUCAAUUUUCUGUUGUGGUAAUUCUGAGCUUAAUUGUUUACCCAACAAUGGUGGAAUUGGGAAUCCAAUUUUUGUUCUCUUUUAUUCAUAAUUGAUUUAAAACUAUUUUAGGGUUUUUGUUUUACAUUCUCAAAUGUCGGGAUUUUGGAUCUGAAUGAAGUAGUCAUUCUCAAGAUUGGACAUAGUCAUGUGGGUAAAGCUCGUCACGUUUCUUUUCUUCCUUGUCUUCUUAUUCAGGUUUAUAGCUGCUAAUGUGGAAGGGGAUGCUCUUCAUAGCUUGAGGAACAACUUAGAAGACCCUUUCAAUGUUUUGCAAAGCUGGGAUCCCACCCUUGUCAACCCCUGCACAUGGUUUCAUGUCACUUGCAACCCCGAUAACAGUGUUAUAAGAGUAGAUCUUGGAAAUGCUGCAUUGUCAGGUCAAUUGGUUCCAGCUCUCGGUUCAUUGAAAAAUCUUCAGUAUUUGGAGCUCUACAGUAAUAAUAUGAGUGGGCCAAUACCUAGUGAGUUGGGAAAUCUGACUAAUUUGGUCAGUUUGGAUCUCUAUUUGAACAGUUUCAGUGGUCCGAUUCCUGAAUCACUGGGAAAGCUAUCAAAGUUGCGCUUUCUUCGGCUAAACAACAAUAGUCUAACCGGCUCCAUUCCUAUGUCUCUGACAAAUAUCACCUCACUGCAGGUUUUGGAUCUAUCAAACAACGGUCUCUCUGGAGCUGUUCCUGAUAAUGGUUCCUUUUCCUUGUUUACACCGAUCAGUUUUGCUAACAACUUGGGUUUAUGUGGCCCGGUCACUGGGCGACCAUGUCCUGGAUCUCCUCCUUUUUCACCUCCACCUCCUUUCAUACCACCUCAACCAAUUAAUUCACAAAGUGGGGUUAGUGCCACAGGAGCAAUUGCUGGAGGAGUUGCUGCUGGUGCGGCUUUACUCUUUGCUGCUCCUGCUAUAUUAUUUGCCUGGUGGCGGCGUCGGAAACCCCAAGAGUACUUCUUCGAUGUGCCUGCUGAGGAGGAUCCUGAAGUUCAUCUAGGACAGCUUAAACGGUUUUCUUUACGAGAAUUGCAAGUUGCGACUGAUACUUUUAGCAACAAAAACAUACUUGGGAGAGGAGGAUUUGGUAAGGUAUACAAGGGACGCCUUGCAGAUGGAUCAUUGGUUGCUGUUAAGCGGCUCAAGGAAGAGCGUACUCCUGGUGGUGAGCUACAAUUUCAAACAGAAGUAGAGAUGAUCAGCAUGGCUGUUCAUCGUAAUUUGCUCCGAUUACGUGGAUUUUGCAUGACACCGACAGAAAGGUUGCUUGUCUACCCCUACAUGGCCAAUGGGAGUGUUGCCUCUUGCUUACGAGAGCGUCCACCAAAUGAACCACCAUUGGAUUGGCCGACUCGCAAGCGAAUUGCUUUGGGAUCUGCUAGAGGACUUUCUUAUUUGCAUGACCAUUGUGACCCGAAGAUCAUUCAUCGAGACGUAAAAGCUGCCAAUAUAUUGUUGGAUGAGGAGUUUGAAGCAGUUGUUGGUGACUUUGGUUUGGCCAAGUUGAUGGAUUACAAAGAUACUCAUGUGACUACAGCGGUACGUGGGACCAUAGGGCAUAUAGCUCCUGAAUACCUGUCUACUGGAAAAUCCUCAGAGAAAACCGAUGUUUUUGGUUAUGGAAUCAUGCUUCUGGAGUUGAUCACUGGACAACGAGCUUUUGAUCUUGCUCGACUUGCAAAUGAUGAUGAUGUCAUGUUGCUGGAUUGGGUCAAAGGACUUCUUAAAGAGAAGAAACUAGAAAUGCUUGUCGAUCCCGACCUUCAAAGGAAUUACAUCGAGGCAGAAGUCGAACAACUCAUCCAAGUAGCACUUCUUUGCACACAAGGGAAUCCGCUAGAUCGACCCAAAAUGUCGGAGGUGGUAAGAAUGCUCGAAGGUGACGGCUUGGCGGAGAGGUGGGAUGAAUGGCAGAAGGUCGAAGUUCUUCGACAAGAAGUGGAUUUGGUUCCUCAUUCUAACUCUGAUUGGAUUGUUGAUUCAACAGAUAAUUUACAUGCAGUAGAAUUAUCUGGUCCUAGAUGAUUGUCACAUAACAUUACAUCUAAAUGACUGAAUAUCAAAUUGAAAAUUAAUUUAUUAACUUUUUUUCUCAUUAUAUUUUUAUUAUAAUUUUUGUUUUUCUUUAAUCUUUUGGCUAGCACUUGUAAAGUGGUUUAGUCAUCCUGAUUCUGGGGUGCCUAUUCUUAGGCUUGGUGUUAUUUGUGUAAAUUGGACCUGUUUGUAGGGGGUGAUUUAUCUGGAAGUUAGCAUUUUUGUUAUAUGAUUAUUUUACCAUUUGACA